AUGGAUGGAUGGAUGGAUGGAGAAGAACAUGGAGAAAAGGAUGGAUGAUGAUAAGAACCAGGGACAAUCUGGACACCUCUCAGUUCCUCCAUGGUGUGUCUGACCCUCAUCCCGAGCCAGUCCCUGGGAGCCAAGGGUGACAUCCCUGGGCUGCCCGGUGGUGCCAGGCUCUGCUCCGGAACAUCCGGCGGUGCCACCACUCCGGGAUGUCCAGUGGUGCCAGGCUCUGCUCCGGGCUCCAGGGGCUUGGCCGUUACCACCUGGCACUGCAGAGGAUGGCAGGGGACCUGCUGUCCCUGCGCCGCCGCGUCGCCAGCCUGGAGGCCGAGAACGGACACCUGCGGCACAGCCUGGCGCAGCUCCGGGAGCCGGUGGAACUCCAGCACACCCAGCCAGACAAACUGAGCCGGGAGGAGCUGCUGGAGCGACUUGGCACGCUGGGGCGUGAGCUGGCGGUGGGCGCUGCGGAGAUGCGGGGGCUGCGGGACCGGGUCCAGCGGCUGCAGAACGAGCUGAUCCGGGACCCCGCAUCUCUCCAGGGCUCUGGGAUUGAUCCUGGAAUAUUUACAGCCUGGAAUUAA